AUAUGGGUAUUGCUCACUGGUGCUUUUUACUGCGAAAAGCCUUCUGUGGUGAACAUUGGAGCCAUUUUUACUUUUGACUCUGUUAUAGGUAGAGUUGCAAAGCCAGCUAUGCAAGCAGCAGUUUCCGAUGUUAAUGCAGAUUCAGGAAUACUCAAAGGCACAGAACUGAAGUUGUUUAUGGAGGAUGCAAAUUGUAGUGCGUUCUUGGCAUCUGUUGAAGCUUUUCAGGUACUUGACAAAGAUAUAGUGGCCAUAAUUGGUCCGCAGUCCUCUGCAAUAGCUCAUAUGAUCUCUGAGAUUGCUAAUGGUCUUCAAGUACCUCUUAUCUCAUAUGCUGCCACUGAUCCAACUCUGUCUGCUCUUCAGUUCCCUUACUUCUUCCGAACUACGCGAAGUGAUGGCUAUCAAAUGGCUGCCAUGGCUGGUUUGAUAGAUUACUAUGAGUGGAAACAGGUAAUUGCUGUCUUUGUGGAUGACCAAUAUGGGAGGAAUGGAAUAUCUGCUUUAGGUGAUGAACUUCAGGGGAAAAUGUCAAAAAUUGCUUAUAAGUUGGCUUUGCCUGUCGAAUUUAAUCAAAGUUACCUCACUGAUUUGCUCAAUAAAUCCAAAUUGCUUGGCCCUCGUGUCUAUGUUGUUCACAUUAAUCCUGAUCCCGGGUUGAGGAUCUUUCAUGUUGCCAAAGGACUUCAAAUGAUGACCACUGACUAUGUGUGGUUUGCAACGGACUGGCUUUCUACUACCAUUGAUUCAUUCUCUCCAAUGAAUCGAACUUCAUUAGCUGUUCUUAAUGGUGUAGUUGCACUACGUCAACAUACCCCACAGUCCAAUAAAAAGAGUGCAUAUAUGUCUAGGUGGAAAAAAAUGCAGCAGGAAGGUUUAGCAAGAUCUGAGUUAAACGUCUAUGGACUAUAUGCUUAUGAUACAGUGUGGACAGUGGCGAAGGCGAUUGAACGUUUUAUAGAUGAACAUGAAAAUAUUUCAUUUUCUGUCCUUGACAAGUUACUAAAAUUGGAACCAUCUGAAAUUCAGCUGAGGAAGCUUAAAAUAUUUGAUGGUGGAUCUCUUCUUCGAGAGAAGUUAUUGGAGACAAAUAUGAGUGGUUUAACUGGUCAGGUUCAAUUUAAUCAAGACAGAAACAUUGUUAGUGGUGGUUAUGAUGUUAUCAAUAUUGAGAAAAUGGCAAUUCAUACAGUUGGUUUUUGGUCUAAUUAUUCAGGGUUUUCAGUUUCACCUCCAGAAACUGUUAAAAGAGGGAGAGUUAGCUAUCUCCCACUGGAUCAGAAGCUUGGAAAUGUUACUUGGCCAGGUGGAAAUACAGUCACGCCACGUGGUUGGGUGAUCACAGAUGAUGAACAACCAUUGAGAAUUGGAGUGCCAAAAAGAGUGAGUUUUGUUGAAUUUGCUACAGAAAAGAACAACAGCCACAAGCUUGAAGGAUACUGUAUUGAUGUCUUUUUGGCAGCACGGAAGUUAGUUCCUUAUGAUGUUCCUUACAUAUUUGUACCUUUUGGGGAUGGUCAGUCUAAUCCCAGUUAUGAUCAGCUUGUGAAGAUGGUGGCACAAAAUGUAUUUGAUGCUGCUGUUGGGGACAUUGCAAUUGUGAAAAACCGGACAAUGAUUGUGGAUUUUUCUCAGCCUUAUGCUACCACUGGGUUAGUCAUAGUGGCGCCCGUUGAAAAUUCAAAGUCAAAUGCUUGGGUCUUUCUUCAACCUUUUACCUGGGAGCUGUGGUCUGUCACAGCAGCUUCGUUUGUGAUUUUUGCUGUGGUUAUGUGGACUCUUGAGCAUCGAGUCAAUGAUGAUUUUCGAGGUCCCCCUAAGAAGCAGCUUGCUACAAUGUUCCUGUUCAGCUUCUCAACACUUUUCAAGAAAAAUCAAGAAGAUACUGUGAGCCCACUGGGGCGGAUAGUGAUGGUGAUGUGGCUUUUCCUGUUGAUGGUAAUCACAUCAAGCUAUACUGCAAACUUGACUUCAAUCCUUACGGUUCAGCAGCUUUCAUCACCCAUCACUGGAAUUGAUAGCUUGAUCGCAAGCAAUUUGCCCAUAGGGUACCAAGUAGGUUCAUUUGCUUAUAACUAUCUGACUGAAACCCUCUACAUUCCUAGUUCAAGACUUGUUCCUCUAGGUUCCCCAGCAGAGUAUGAGAGAGCACUACGGCAAGGACCAGAUAAUGGAGGGGUGGGAGCUGUUAUAGAUGAGCUACUGUAUAUUGAAUUGUUUCUCUCAAGGCUAACAGACUUUGGGAUUAUUGGGCAAACAUUUACCAGGAGCGGAUGGGGAUUUGCUUUUCAAAAAGAUUCUCCCCUAGCUGUAGACAUGUCGACUGCAAUCUUGAAACUUUCUGAGAAUGGAGAGCUUCAGAAGAUCCACGAGAAAUGGUUUUGUAAGAUGGGUUGUCCUGGUGAUAAGGAUCAGGACGUUGAGCCUAACCAACUCCACUUGAUCAGCUUCUGGGGUUUAUAUCUAUUAUGUGGUGCCUUCUCUGUUGCUGCAUUUGUAGUGUUUCUGAUGAGAAUGAUUUACCAAUUUGUCCAGUACAAAAGACGACAAGUAAAUCCUCCUUCUCCUCUAUCCAGAAGCUCAUCGAAUACUCAAUGUUCUCAGGUCAUAUCUAACUUUGUGGACUUCGUUGAUGAGAAGGAAGAAGCUAUCAAGAGAAUGUUUCAGCGUGAUAAUCCUCAAGUUCAGGUUAGCUGAUUAGUAUCUAGAUAUGUUGUCAAAGAAAGAAAAGCUUAGAUGUUUCAUAGUACAAAUUGGAACUCUGAAUACUUUUCUUUCUCGUAAUUGAUCAUGAUAUUACGACACCAGAAAUCAUGUAUAUAAUCACUUCUUUAGCUCAGUGCUUAAUUGAGAAAUAAUAUUCUCAGUAUUCUAUAUGACAAGAAUGACAUGCAUCAUGGAGUUCUGUGUUAUGAGUAGUUAUUUGCAGCUUU